GCGAGGGAGGUGUGGCUUCUUUUGGUGACGUCAUGCAACAUUACUAUCGACUAAUGUAUGUAGGCUUAGAGAGGCCUAGGCCUAGUGCUUCUAGCUGCGUGGUCAGUGCUUGUCCGAAGUUCUAGAGAACUGAUCUGAUGGUCAAGCCUAACAUUAGUGAUGUGCUAAGACUAGAGCAGGAGCGGUCUCUACACCCUCUGUAUGAUGGACCCCGGGGCGGAUUGUUGUUAGUUUAUUAUUACAGAUCGAUCCCUUGGGGCCUAGUUAAAAUGCCCUAUUUAUAUUAACAGCCAUCCCUGAAUUUUAGGCAUUUUUAUGCAAAUUUAAUUUAAAAUGGAACCUGUCAUCAGUUGAUGCCGGUUAAUUAUGGUGAUGGAUAAUACAGGAGCGUAGGUUGGUUUGAGGCGGAGCAAUAAAUGAAAAAGGAACCAAAUCGCAAAUUAAGAUUUUUAUUUUUUUUAAUAGCCAGGGCUAUGGGAGAUGUUGUGUAAAAAGUAAAUAAAAUUCUGAAAUCUGUAAAUUGAGAUGGAUACUCCUGAUGCAUGGGAAAAAAGGUUGGUACAAAUUUGUCAAGGAUCGACUAAAGAGGACGAGAAACAAGAGACGUUUGAUGACGUGGCCGAUACGUUAGAUCAGGCUGCAAAGGAAAGUGGUUAUACUGCACCUCAAUAUUGCAGCACCCUACUCUCACGGUAUAUACCUGAUAGAAAGGCCAACAUUCUUGACUUUGGAUGUGGAACCGGACUUGCAGGCGAACAGCUGCAUCAACUUGGUUAUCAGCAUAUUGACGGUCUUGAUUGCGCCCCCAAGUGUUUGCAAGUUGCUGAAAACAAACAGAUAUACAGACGAUUGUUCUGUGAUUUUUUUUCUGGACAGACUUUGAAUCUGGAAACAGAUUUCUAUGAUGGAUUGAUAUGCAUUGGCGGAUUUUACCCUUUAGGUUUGAAGGCCAACUGUUUUAGCGAAUGGAUACGUACCGUUCAGCCAGGAGGUUACAUACUAAACGUCUUUAGGAACAGCUAUUUAGAUACCUGCGCUGACUACAAUGAUGGAAAAUUAGAAGGCGAAAUGAAAGCUUUAGAGUCUGAUGGAAAAUGGAAACUGAUCUCGACUGAAAAAUUUGAGGCUGGUCGCAAAGAAUGGAAUAUGAUUUUAUUUAUACACCAAAUUUUGUAACUAGGCCUAUAUAAUGCAAUACAACAGAAGUAAUUGGUUUAGUUUAAUUCACUGAGAGAAACGUGGUGUUCUAAUUGAAUCGUGCUGAUUUUUUUGCAGUAUUUUAUAGUUAUUGUUUUCAACAUUAUGAACAGACUAAUAAAACAUUACCAUAGCAUAUCA